GGCGCCGAAAGGAGAAAGCAGGGAUUAGCUAGCAGCGACAAGCCUUUUCUGUAGGUAGGGUACGGGGCACUCUUCUCUGGCAUGUCUGACGUUGAGUCAGGCUCUGCAGCUGGGUCCAUGGCCGGCGUCGAGGCUGGGCCGAGCCGCCCGAGAGGCGCGACGGCACCGGGCGGGCAGCUGCAUGGCCUCGCGCGAGUGACCUUUGUGCUCGAAUCGUUUGUUAAUGUGGAUCUGUUUGAGCGCGGAGUGUACGAGCUGCGGCUGUCGGUGGCGACGGCCGAGUCGAACGUGCCUGCCCGCCCGACAUCGUGCAGCAAAGCGUCUGCGGCCCCGCUGACCAAGGCGCUGAUGACGCACUGCCCGUUGCACCGGCACGUCCGCUCGGGCUCGGGCUCUGGUGUUGCCGAUGGCGAGCCCGGUGUUGUUGUUGAUGUUUGCUCGAGCGAUGCUGUCGACGAGUCAUCGUUCGAGGCAGAGGCCGCGUCGGCCAACGUCGUGUCGAGGCCGUACAUCGCCGGCGACGUCUUCCACUCGGCGCAGUUUGAGAUCCGGUACCAAGCCGAGGCUGCUGUCCUUAACGACGUGGUGGUCUUUGAAGUCGCGCUUGCCGAGGCUGCAAGCGGGGUGUGUGAGGACAUGCUCGCUACCGUUGAGUUGUGGUACUCGACCGAGUUCAAUGGGCAGGCGCUCAAGUGCGCAGCAGUGCGGCGGUAUCUUCUGGCGAGUCCCGAGACCACAGUCCAUGCGCACGCGUACUACGAAGUUACGUUUGGCGAGUCGUUCUUCGGCCUGCUGCACCUGUUGGCGCACUCUGCGCUUGUGGCACUGACGCUGCAGGCGCCGCCGCUGCCGCGCCCGCGGCGACAGAAGCUCUUCCCUGCCGUCUUUCCUCCACAUCCGACGCCGCCACGGUCGCCCAAGUCGGUUUCGGCAUCGGUAGCCGACUUGGUAGCGGCGCCGUCGGCGCUGCCGCCGUCGUCGGUCCUGGACCGCCUUGCUGCUGCGUACAAGGUUCAGAGCGCCGCUUUCUGCGAGCUGUGGGCGACAUGCUCGGGCUCGCGGACCACGCUCGGAUUUCUCAUUGCCUCGGAGCCCGGCUUGCAUCUGCAUCCCCGGGCCCGUGAUCUCGACGCCAUGAUCGAGACUGCGACGGCGCUGGCUGACCCGGCCCGGGCCGCCACGGUCGGUGCCGAAGCGCGGGCGCGGCUCGAGUCUGGUGUUACUGCGCUUGGGCCGGAUGCGUGCGAAACGACAGUUGGCUUGCUGCUGCUCGACGAGUUGACCUCGCUUGCAGAUGCACUCGACGAGCUGCACACCACCUACGUCGGCUGUCUCAUCCUCGCUCACACCCCGAGCCUGCGGCAGCAGCUGCGUACGCGAUUCGAGCGCUACAGACUCCAUGGAUGGGCCGACAACGUGUUCCGGUACCACACACCGCUAUCAUCGAGUGCGACGCCCGGCCUAGCGUCAAGCGCGCACCUGUUUAACUCGCAGCGCAUGGUCUGGCACCGUGAGUUGGCGGGUAUGCUGGCCAAGGUGCGGUUGGCCGAGCGCCCACGCGACCCGAUCGUUGACCUCUCGCCGGACGCGCCGUUUCGGGCCAAGCAUGUGGUGUUUCAGGACAUUGUUCACGUUGGACCUGACGUUCCGCCAACAUGGAAUUGGGCGGCACCGGCGGCAUCGGCAGCAAGGCGGGCUGGCGAGGCAGGGCCAAGUGAGUCGUCUGCGUCGGCACCCGCAACCGGCACGGCGGCGUCGGGCUCGAGCUCGUCGCGGCUCUCAGACUCGGGCGAGGGCGAGCCGCUGAGCCCGCCACCAGCUUAUGAGAUGCCAUCGCCGGCGGCGAGUGUUGUUGACGAGUUUAUGGCAGCUGCUGGAGGAGGCGAUGACCAGCUCCGAGUUCUGGGGCUUGAAGACGAGGAGACAUUGCUGGCGAAUGUGCCUGAGCCGAGUCUUGCGGCGGGGACGGUCCAUCUGUUUGUGUACGUUCACGGGCUCGCGGGCAACGCGUUUGACCUGCGGUUGCUCCGCAACGAACUGGCGAUUCUGUUUCCCGAGGCGGAGCACUUGCUCUCUGCGGCAAACGAGAAGGACACGCUGUGCGACAUCGACGAGAUGGCGGAGCGGCUGGCGCACGAGAUUUGGCUCUUUGUGCGGAGCGAGAGGCUCCGAAUUGGCGCGCUCUCGUUUGUGGGCCACUCACUGGGGACCAUCAUUGUCCGCGCUGCACUGAGUAAGCGCGAGCUGUGCGAGUUUCUCCCACGCCUCCACGCUUUUGUCUCGCUCUCGGGUCCGCACUGUGGGACCAUGUUUGGCUCGUCGACGCUUGUGGGCUCGGCCAUGUGGCUUCUUAAGAAGUGGAAGCGAUCGACGUGCCUGGCGCAGCUCUCACUGACCGACGCUGACACUCUCGAAGAGACCUUUAUGUACAAGCUUGCGCACGACGCAAACUUUGGCCUCUUUUCAGUGGUCCUCCUUGUCUCGUCGCCGCAGGAUCGCUACGUCCCUUAUGCAUCGUCGCGGAUGGAGCUCUCACCCGAGGCGCUGUACUCUAAGGAAAAGGGCUCGGCAUAUCUCGCCAUCCUGGACGCACUCUUUACCGUGCUUGCCUCGACUACCGUCAUCCGGACCGACGUCAUGUUUGAUGUAGACUCGCUCUCGCUCGACUCGAUGGUCGGGCGCGCAGCGCACAUCCUGAUGCUCGACUCGACACCAUUCCUCGCCAUGUUUGCCACUCUUGCUCGCAACUAUCUGGUGCCGACAAAGCGGCGGAGUAUGUAUCCUGGUGUCGACAGCGUGUCCGAGCCGGCGGCAGCGUCGUCGUCAGCAUCUUCAGCAUCGUCGUCGUCGUGCCUCACGCCAGACACGCCGUUUGUGCCGGUGGUGCCUGGUGUGUGAGAUUGAUGUCUUUACUGUGUUGAAAAUAAGGUUGGUAGCAGGUCUAGACUACUCGG